UAAGCGUAAUCCCUUAUUGCAACUGGAUACUUGAAAGAUUUGGUUGUUGAUGGAGUAGCAAGUCCACGAAAAGCCGCACGAGUGUUCAGUCCCUUUGAUCAUCAAGAGUCAGACUGAGCUCUCUUACAAUUCCUCAUCGUUCAUUCGCAAUCACUUAUCUACACAAGAUGAAGCUCUCAUCUGCUCUUGGUCUUUUGCUCUCUGUUGGUGCAGCAUUGGCAUUGGAGGUCGACGAUUUUCUGGAAUCGUACACUGUCGCGGUUACCUCGCCUGGCUCGUCAUAUUCUUCCUCAAUCGAAUUCGCCUUCAACACCUACACAAAGAGCGCCAGUCUCUUGUCCAAGGAAAUCACACCGAGUGAGACGAGUGAGGAGGGAUUUUACGUUCUGAAUGGACAAUCACUGACUGAUGAGCUUCCUCUGGCGCCCGGUAGCAGUAAGGGCAUUUACUCUAUCCAUCUUUCAAGUUCCGGUCGUCCAUGGCACAUUGAUUACGGACGGAGACAUCCUUCGUUUCCGUCGACUCCGGAAGUGAAUGUAGUCAGUCCUGCCAAAGGACCGGUUGCUACGCUGAAGGCGCCAGUUAUACAGGGAGACAAGGUCGUCGAAGAGGAUAACCGCUCGUUUAUACAGAAAUACUGGAUGUUUAUCGUCCCUAUGCUUCUCGUAUUUAUGCUCGGCGGAGGCGGUGGUCAAUAGUCAUGACAUGUUCAAUCUUGCGUUGUAUUCAGUUCUUUCAUGUUAGAUUUAGAGAUGAAGUUCAAUGCCAUACUAUUACACGAUUAUUGUCAGAUGUGCUGGAAUCAGUGUCUAGACGGUCUUCCCGCUGUCUACAUCGGUCGUAAGCAGUGAUGGAAUUUCAACCCAUGAGCAUGCGCUUUGUGAGUCGCCACUUUAUAAAUCUCUGUUUUCUCAGAGCUGGUAAAACAAUGCAUCGCCUUACAAAAUGAAUGCAGCAACAAACAGAUACGUGAGUAGACUAAGUAGAUGAUAGCCCGUCUGAUAGCAUCUCCAAGCGGUC